CGGUCCGGCCUCGUCAGUCUCAACGAAUAGCUCAGCCCGUGAGGUGAGACACGUUGUGUGUGGGAGAGCCGAGUGAACGAAAUUAAACCAAGAAAGAAAAGUCGUGUCAUCAUCAACACACACACGACGUUAAACAACCAAAAAAUAACUUUUUUAAUUAUUAUUAAUUUCCACUCACCACACACACACACGACAUUUUUUGAGAUUGUGAGACUUUCGUGUUGUCAAGGACGUCACACACAAAAAUUUGCCAAAAAAUUUUGUCGGCCAUGUGAGAAGAAGUUGGUGGAAAAAAAUAUUGUGUCUAACCACAUUUGACCGGUGUGUGUGUGUGUGUGGUGUGGAUGCGUGUGUGUGUGUGAUUGUGUCGAGUGAUUCUCAAGGAUUCGUGUGCAAAAAUUUCCGUUUUCUCGAACGGCAAAUGUCUGCCAAUUUUAUUAUCGGCUAGUGAGUGUGUGUGUGUGAGUGUGUGUGUGUGUCUGUUUCAAAGAAUCGACACACAUGGGUCGGUCGGGAGGAAGAAACAACAGCCAAGAGAAUUCCCGGCUGCUGCGGUGGCGCCACUAGGCCCGUCAAAUGUUGUCCAUCGGGAAAAUUUGAGAUUUUUGUUUGGAAAACUCCGUCUGCAAUUGACGUUAAAUUUAAAAACGAGUGAAAUAAUUUUCUAUUUGUUUGUGGCUGCGGUUUUUUUCGUUCAACGAGAAGAAGACAAAUUCCGGAAAACACCAAACGAAGACGAACGUUGGCCAAAAUCCGCCAAUCUGGCUCCUCCCGCUCUCGUGUCGAAUGUAACACGACUUGGGCGAGGGCUGGAACAGCAUGGGCAGCCCGAAUGAGGCGGCCGCACAGCCUGGACCCGGCACAGGAGGACCUCCAAGUGGGGAUGGAGGAGGUCCUGAUGGUGUUGGUGGCGAAACAACACAUCACGAUGGAGGCAGCGAAGCUCCAGCUCCGCCACCGCCGCCGCCAACGUUAGCCGCCAACAACAACGAGGACAACAACAUCCGGAGUAACAGCAGCAGCCCAAGUAGCGAAACGACUGAAAGUACAGGUAGCAGUAGCAGUUCAACGUCUAGCAAAAGCGCCACCGCAGUAGCAGCAACAACAACCAACACCAACACCACCACUACCAGUCCCGGAAGGAGAGCCAAUGGCAAACACGGCGGAAGACGAUGGAAAGCCGAGCACCAGCCACUACGGAAAGCGUCGAUGGAAGAAGAGGAAGAUGAAGAUGAAGAAGAAGAAGAAGAUGAACAAGACGACCGGAUCCGCCCGGCACCGCUUCCAGUAGUAGAAACGGAAUCUUGUUCCGCAUUGCCACGUCCCGAAGUGGUUGUCACUCCCAGUCGUACAAAUGUCAUCCACACGUCGGAAGAGUCGGACGAGGACGACGGCAUGGUGGACCUGGACAGGAAAUUGACGCCCAGUCCGCCUCUACCUGCUGCUGCUGCUGGCCAGAAACCUGAACAACAACAACAAGAUCAUUAUUGUCUAAGAUGGACCAAUCACGGUAGUCACGUGCUGGGCGUGUUUGCCCAGCUACUUCGCGACGAGUCGCUGGUGGACGUGACGUUGGCGGCCGAGGGCCGUUCUCUACGAGCUCACAAGAUGGUCCUGUCGGCCUGUUCGAGUUUCUUCCGGACGCUGUUCGUCUCGCACUCUGACCAGCGCCAUCCCAUCGUCAUCCUGAAAGACACGAAAUUCACGGAACUCGAGUCGCUGCUCCAGUUCAUGUACAAGGGCGAGGUCUCGGUCGAGUACGGACAGCUGGCCACUUUGCUCAAGACGGCCGAAAAUCUGCGAGUCAAAGGAUUGGCCGAUGUGACCACGACGGCCACGGCGGCGCCCAAGGCGAAAGCGGAAGUCGAGGAAGAAGAGGAGGAAGAUGAAGAAGAUGAUGAAGAAGAUGAAGAGGACGAUGAGGAGGAGGAAGAUGAGGUGGUGGACAUGUUUGAUCAGGAGCUGGAAGAUGCAACCAACCCCAAUCCCAUCGUGAUCGAACGGAACGCCCUGACGUCGGGUCUGUCAUCUCUGGCGGUCGGAAGGAUCCAGCGGCGCCAGCGGAGGCGGCAUCACCUCCACAACCUCAGCAAUCCUUAUCGUCGAUCUCUGCUCCAUCCCAAUCUCCAAUUGAAUCCGCAGCAGCAGCAGCUCAAGGCUUCCGGACGAUCUGCAGGGCUGGACGUCGACUCGACCAUGGCUAAUCAUCACCGACUAGUACAACAACAACAACAAAAACAGAAACAACAAGGCAGUAGUGGCCAUUACCAACGACGGGGCUCUGACUCUGUAGUUCCGCUGGAUCUCAUCCAUCCGGAAGUCAUCCAAGAUCUCUCUUCCAACACUGCCGCUUCCGCCGGAUUAUUGGAUCAUCGGCGUUCAACAGCCACUCACAAUUCCCGGCGGAACAACAAUAACCCACCGCAGCAGACAAACCACCUACACCAUCAAAUCCCAGGCGACUGGAAGCCUCCGAACGAACUUCAGCAUCCGCCCCGGAGGCAGCUCAAACCCUCGUCUAACCAUCAACAACAACACAAUCACCACCACCACCACCACCACCAACAGAAGCCGCAGGAAGCUCAUCGCAACGAUCCGGUGGCUUCCGGCGACAGGAACAGCAACGCUUCCGGAGGCAUGGAGAAUCGCAAUUGCGACCGUGAUCCGGACGACGGCGAUCACAACCAUCGCUUUAAAAGCGAGUCGUCGUCGACUCGGAAUGAACACCACAACGUUGCCGGAGGGCUUGAGGGAUCCACCAUUUUGAUGGACUCGAUGGCCCAGGAUUCCGGCACGGCUCAAGAUCUCCGCAGGAUGCCUCCACAUUCACCUCCGCUUCUUCCGUCGUCUUCGUUAUCUCCUGCGUCUCCACUUCCUUCUGGUCCUCCAGCGGCUGCUGCCGCCACUGCCACCGCCACUUCCAACGCAGCAACAUCCGGUGGUGCGGCACAUCCGCAUCAACGCUUCCGUCACUGGAUGAUGGAGGAGGAGAGCGACGAGAGCGGCGAAGAGGUGGACGGUGAUGAAGAUAUGGAUGAAACUAAGACGGAGGAGGAGGCGACCUAUCUCCGCCGACAGGGUAGUAGUAGGAGACGAAACACUUCCGGAUCCAACAAUCAUCCGCCUUCCGCCAUCGGUUCACCUCAGCAUCUUCCAAUGUCGCUGAUGAAAAAGGAAACGGGAAAUUGGAACGACUCGGCUGUCAAUCGACCAGAAGCUUCCGGCUCAGCAGGAGCCAGUACGGCUGGAGUAGAUUCACUCCGUUCUCCAGGCUCUUUUUCUUCCAACAGUUCCGACGCCGAUCAGUUUUCUGACGGCCAGAUGCCGACGGCCGAGGUGGUGAUUGAAGAGGGCGAGUAUCUCAACUUCUCCGGCAGCGGAGGAGGAACCUCUAGCGGAUUGAGGAUGAGGCACAGAGACGGAGGUGGCGGACGCAAAAGUCAUCACAGCCACAAGGCACCGACUAGUGGCGAUCCUGGCAACCAUCGGAGCAUUAGCGCCGCCGCCGCCGGAAGCGGAUCCAUCCAUCACCCUGCGGCUCGACCCAAGAGGUUCUUGUCCUUCCCGGAAGGAGCCGCCGCAGUCGAAGGAUCGGCUCACCACUCGUCGUCAUCGUCGUCGUUGGCCACCGGUGGUGGUGGCGGAGGUGGAAGAGGGCAGAAAGGCGGAAGCGAUUUCCGAGAUGAGGUCUCGGUCGUAGUCAGCCGUUCAGGCGCCGGAGGAGCAAGUGGAUCAGGAGCGAAUGAAACCUCAUCUUCGUCUAAUUUCCUCUCGUCCAUUUUGCCCAUGGUCGUCCCUCAGUUCGACUUUGGCAUGCGCUUCGCCGGAAUGCCCCUUGUGGGCAUGCCCUUUGCCGGAAUGAAUCCAUCCCAUUACCGGAAUAGUAACAGUAGUAACGCCUCUGGUGCAGCUAGUCGUUCGGGUCACAAUGCGCCCCGGCCAGGACCAUCUUCCUCAUCAUCGCAGUUACAAAGGCAACAACAACAACAGCAACAACAACAACAAGCGGCUGCGGAGGAUAGAGACGAGCCCGGCGGUGCCGGAUCGCAUAGGAGCGGGGCCAGCAGCACGGCCAGCGACGUGGGCGUCUGUCGAGACUCUCCGUCGUCAUCUUCCACCUCGACGCGAGCCGUGGCGGCUUCCGGUUUCCCGUUUCCGACGUCCAUCUCGCUGAUUGAAUCUCACGUCGGCGUCGGUUUCACGCUGGGCUCGCGGGAGAAACCCUACAAGUGCGAGCAGUGCGGCCAGUGCUACAAGUACCUGUCGGCAUUCACCAAACACAAGGAGCAAAAUCACACGGCCCGUCUGCCCGGCGAGAAGCCCUUCCGCUGCGAAAUCUGCGGGAUGCAAUUCAAGUAUCUCAAAUCGUUCAAGAAACAUCGGCUCAAUCACGCCGUGGAGCGACUCCACGUUUAUCCCGGCAACGUCCGAGCUAUCACGAUGCCCGGGGCACCCGGCGGAGGAGGCGGAUCUAUGACGCCUCCAGCGUCUCUGGCUGGAUUCAUGGGCGUCGGCAUGAUGGAAGAGCGCAGCGUCCUGGAAAUGCUGGGCAGGUCUCAACAUCACCACAGCCGCCGUGAAAUGCUCUCGAGUUCAUCCGCAUCCGGAAGUCAAUCAGAAGCCAGGGCCCGUCUCCAUGGAGCCGGAGGCAACACCACGUCCAAUACUCCCGAAGGCCGACGAUCUUCAAGUCCCGGCGACCAGCGAUUGGGAACGGCUCGGAUUAAAUCGGAAGUUGAAAUCGUCUCUUCCGGCGACGAACAGGAUCAGAUGAUGGACGACGAGACGACCAAUGACGGCCGUCUCAUGAGCCAGGAAGAGGCUGCCCAGCAACAACAGCAACACCAAUUCGGUUCGGCUGCUGGACGAUCCGCUUCGGCCUCAUCCGGUCAUCAUCCGCACCACGGCCAUCACCAACACCACCACCACCACCUGUCUCAACAACAGCAACAACAAAAUCGACAACUCUUACUGCAACACGCCAAGUUUUCGGCGGCCAGUCCGGGCGGAAGUCCGGCCUCGUCAUUCCUUCAAGGAGCCCUUCAACUGCAGAGGCAACACCAAGUGGCCCAGCAUCAGGCGGCCCUGAUGGCGGCCAAUUUUCUGGCUGCCCGCGGAGCCGGAGGAGCUGCAGCGGCUGCCGUCGCUGCCGCCAUGCCACCGCCUCCGGGACUGGAGCGACUUCAACCGCAACAAUCUGGAGGAUCGGAUCCAUCAGGUCACGCCCCCGGCCAGUCAGAAGAAGGUCAGUCCGAUAGGGAAGGUUCAGAUGAUGGAGAAACAAGCAACAAAGGCUCGGGAUCCGGUAGGAGAACUACUCCGCCGGCAGCGGCUGCGGCCUCUGCCGCCGGACCGGGUCCAUUCCUUCACAAUCUGAUCCGCGAUUUCAGCUCGGCGGCGGCGGCUGCAGCGGCUGCCGCUGCCGUUGCCUCCACCAGCCGUCCGUCGUUGGUCAAUUCGGCCACGACUGGCGGCGCCGGUGGUGGUGGUGUUCCGGGCGGAAUCACGGGCCCACCUCCCGAGUACGACCCCGGGCGCCCCCAUUUGUGCCCGUUUUGCGGCAAGGGCUUCCGGGCCAAGGAGAAUUUGAAGCUGCACAUCCGGAAACACACGGGUGAGCGGCCGUUCGAGUGCGAAUUCUGCGGCCGAGCGUUCGGCGGCAAGAGCGACAUGAACCGCCACUUGAGAAUCCACACGGGCGAGCGGCCGUACCGAUGCGACGCCUGCGGCAAGACAUUUGCCCGUGCCGAUUACCUCUCCAAACACCUGUCCACUCACCUGGUCUAAAACAACAACACAUUUUAUGGCAAUCUCUCAACACUACUUCUGCCCUCUCAAUCAAACGACACCCAAGCAAAAAUAUUUUCUCAAUCGUAGCAAUCCUCCGCGCACCGCUAACUACAAAACAAAAACAAAAAUGGCUACAAGCCACACCCACUCGUCGUCCGCACGACGCCCAGAUGACAAUUUCUCUUCAAGAGCUUCAACUUUUUUUAAAUUUUCAAACAAAUAUUUUUUGGUAACCGAGCCAAAAAACAAAAAAACAAACAGGAGAAGAAAAGAAACUGUCCAUUUUUCUUUUUUUCUGAAACCCAGAGAAAACCGAAUUUCAAUUGACGCAUCGAAAAUUGUUCAACCCCCCCCCCCCCCAAACAAAACAAAAAAUUAUUUUUUUGUUUCAAAAUUUCUUGCCCGGUGAUAAGAAAAGAUUUAAAAAUCACAGAAAUUUGCAUACCUUGCCCUCCAAUUAUUUUGUUUUUCUUCUUUUGGAUGGAAGAAAUCCAAGAAAAAAGAAAAGAAAAUCUUCAACCAAGUUGUUGUGCCUGGUUCUCGCCCCCCCCCCCCCCCCCCCCCACAAAAGUGUUUGGCAUUUUCGUCCCCAACUUGUUUUGACCGACUCGCCAACGGUUUUCUCUUCAAGAGAAACUUGACGCGAGAGGAUCGAAUCCAUUUCGGAAUGAUAAACUCCUCCCUCAAAAAAACAAAAAUUCUGUUUCGGCCAAGCCCCUCCCUCAAAUUGUUUGAUCCACGCAACGGACUGUGAUGCAAACUCCCUUUUUUGGAUUUAAAGAAAAAACAAACAAAAUUUUGGCGUUACAAACAAAAAAUUACGAAAUGUGGUUCUCGAAAUUUCUGUUUUGAUCAAUUGGAUAAAAGAAAUGUGAAAAGCUUUUUGUAAAAGAGCUUUGGGAAAACUCGUACACAAAAGUCCAUAAAACAAAAAUUGUUCCCCCCAAUCAAAUUCGAUUUGAUGAAAAAAAUCCCGCUCCCCACCCCUUUUUAACUGGAAGAACAGGUGCCGUCAAGAGAAAAUCCGGAAGACUCGUCGUCACUUCCGCACAACACUCAAUGUCAGCAGACAUUUAAAAAACAAGCCCGCCAUUGGACAAGAAUCAAGAAAACAAAAUACCCAAAAAAUUCUAAAAAUUUCAAAUUUUCUGGAUUUAAAAAAACAGCCCCGGUGAAAAACUUUUAGGUGAAAAUAUUUCAAAAAAAGCUCUUUCAGGAAAAAACCCAGAUUUAACGAAAAAGAAACCCCCAAAACAGAAAAAAAAUGAUAACUCAAAAAAUAACACCGACAACACGUUUGUGGCUGUGAUAAUUUAAAAAAAACAUGUUUAGGCUUAUUUUAAAAAAAUUGCGAAAAAAGAAAAGGGAAAACAAACUUUUUUAUGGCAAUCGUUUUGUGUGUGUGUUUUCUUCUUUCUGGCGGGAAAUUCGAUCCAAUCGAGCAGCAGUGCGUCUUCUUUUCUCUCCCCCCGGUUUUCGUCGGAAAAGCGGUUAGCUCAAAAAUUGAAAAGAUACAAAAAACAAAACGAAAUUGUUUUUCAAAGACAUCAAAGGGCUCGUGUGCCGUCGUGUGCGUUUCUUUUUUUUUUUCUCUUUCGAGUGUGUAAGUGUGUGUGCGUGAGUGCGUGUUUGACACAUCCAUCAUCAAGACUCCCAUCCAAAGGAAAAAGCAUCCGCAAUCAGCUUAAAACACAACAGAUGAAUUUUUUUUUUCUUUUCCAUUGAAAAGGUUUUUUGAAAAAAAAUCUUUUUGGAAGAAAAAAGAACCCAACCAUCCCCCCCCCCCCCUCCAGCCGCUGGAUCCAAGAUCGGAAACCCAAAUGCACCGUUCUCCACCUGACGCAGGUGUGGUCCAACCAAUUUCUUUUUUUCUUUCUUUCUCUACUUCGUUGAAUUCUCUUUUAGCUAAUAAUUAGUUUUUCUUUUGAAUACCAUGAUACUACCCGCAGUGUUAUAAUUAUGUUUUCUUUCACAACAACAAUGUCCCCCCCGUGUUUAUUCAGUGUCAGCGUGUUUGUCGGUAUAACUGCGUGAGUGUUUAGUGUGAUUGUGUUGAUUUAAAUCAUUUUUUUUUUCGUGUAUGAACGUUGUAAUUUCCCGCCAAGGAUUAUUUCAACGUUGACUCGUUGAGAGUGCUCAAAAAGAUGUUGAGAAGAAACGAUUGAACCAGACGGUUUUUUCUGGUUGCCCUCCCACCCACCCACUUUCUCCCCCCUCUGAAAUAUUCCCUCCCCUUUGAAAAAUUUUUUGGGAUUUAUCGAGGAGUUACUCCAUUUAGGCCUUUUUUGGACAUUUAAAAAACAUUUCGUGUGUCUCACGUCCAAACGUUUUGAGCUACUUGCUGCCUAGCGGUUCUCUCUUUUAUUUUCACUUUAUCCAAAACAAAAUCAUUGUAUUUUUCACUGGUUAAAUGAUUUUGUUUUCAUUUUUUUUUUAAUUACUAAACAAAAUUCACAAUUUUUCGAUAUAUGGAGGGAAAAAAAUAUCGAUUCAUGUUGCGACCAUCCAUUCAUUGUCAAAUCAAAAGUCACGGCCUUUUUCGUCUUCUCUUUGUGCGAAAUUUGAAUUUCCCGGUUUCUCCCCCCUACCCUCUCCCAUUUAUUGAUUACAAAAAAAUUUAUGGAACCGCAAGCCGAUUUGAAGCGAUAAAAAAAUCAUUCGUUCAAAACAAAAAAAAAUCGUUCAAAACGAGCCAGAAAGCCUCUCUCUCUCUCUCUCUCCCCGCCCCCCUUUUCCUCUUUGCGCGUAUGUGUGUAGAAAAUAUUUCGGCAAAUUUGUAUUUACUGACGAGCCUCUCCUGACGAGAAUAAUUGGUCCCGCUGAUUUUCAAAGUGCUAGCCAAUUUGCGAUCUCUUUUUUUUUCUUUAUUUUUUAGUCUACACAUUGGAAUUUGAUAGAUAAAGUUUUGAUCAAUUCAACGAUGAUGGAAAUGGGUUUUUAAUUGCCUUUUGAUGUAGCCCGCCAUUAAGUGAUUUAUAAGAAAGUAGAAAAGCUAUUUUGUAUUUUCUCUUUUUUUUACGUUUUCAAAAUUUGGCUCCCUAUUAUUAUUGUGUGAGCGCGCAAAAUUUGAAAAUUUCAGGGUGGGAGGAAAAUUUUAUUCGAUCGACAUGGAAAAUCCAUCACAGAUACUUCUGCCCGUCCUCGUCCGACAUCACACAGUGUCAGACAAUUUUUGGCUCUUUUGUAUCAAGGGGGUUGGGGGAUUUUUUGAUCGAAAUUUCGUAGCGAGAAAUAACAAUUUCAAUCAACCAGCGACGUGUGUUCACAUUUAUUCUCUUCGCUAUUGUUAUUCGAGACAUUUUUUGGAUGAAAGACAAAAAAUACUAUCAAAAACAUUUGCCUGUCUUGCGUGUUUCAAAACAAAAAAAGGAAAUUUGCCACACAAAAGUGCAUCACGGCACUCUAAUCUCGUCAUUAUUUUCUUCUUUCGUUUCUUCGUCCCUUUUCUCGUUUGCCAAAUUUUGGAGACCUUUCGGGGUUCAUUUAUUAGAACGGCAUAGCAACAAAUUUUUAUUUUCAAUUUUUUUUUUUCAAUUAGAAAUUUGCUUUUAACUUAAUUUAUUUUGAGAUUCGUUCAAGAAAUUGGUCGUCAUUAGGCGUUGAAACAAAGGUGGGGAUAGCGCUGCAGCAUAGCGGUUUGGUACUGUGAUAUUCAAAUAUCGGUCAUGGAAUGGAAUUUGUCUUAUUGAAUUUUUUAAAAAGAGGGAAAUUCGAACCCGUUUAAAACGAAAAAUUAUUUCGAAAACUUUAAAAUCAAAUUUUUAAAAAUUACUAUGGCCUAUACAAAUUCGAUAUCAGAACUUUCAAAAUUAUUGUCUCGUGGUAAUCACAUUUUUUGGGAAAAUUCUAUUUUUAUUAUAAAUUAUGACAAAUUACAUUUCGGAUUGAUUCUGAUAUUUGCCAAGGUGAUGGUUAAAAAAACAAAAAACAAACAAAAUUAAUUCAAUCCAAUGGGCAGAAGUUUGGCUCGUAUUUUCGAAAACAAAUUUUUAUUCAAAAUUUUGUAGAAUCAAAACGGAAGAAAGGGAAGGGGGGUUAAGGGAGGGAGGAUUUUUUAUUUAAUUGGUUUUCAAUUCUUAAAAUAAAACAAAAUUGGAGAAAUUAGCUAACCGGUAUGCGUGUGUGAUGGUCGUCGUCGUAUAAAUGCGGAUGUUGCGCGAAUGUUUUUUGUGUCAACUCUUUUAACGUGUUCAUUUCUUUAUUUCACGCCGGUCGUCAGCGUUCAGAACGCCUAGGCGAUUGGCCCGGAAAUUUUCUUUUUUUUGUAUGUGUUUUUUAACGAGGCAGUUACAAAAAGGGAAAAAAAGUGGCGAAUAAACAGCGUCACUCUAAAACAAAAAUUUUUUUUUUCUUCACGGCGAAUGAACAUUUUCAAAGGCGGCAAAUUUGAAUCUACUUUGUAAAACCCCCCGGUGUGUAAAAACAAAAAAUAAUCAUUUCCUUGUAGUAGCGUGCGCUUUUUUUUUUCAAUGUCUCGAUGUGUUUUUGUUUUAUUUCUCUUGAAUUAGGAAUUUGUUCUCUCAUUGGUUCCCCCCGCGCUUAUUGUCGCUUUUUUUUUCUUAAACAGGAGGGAAAAACAAAUUGAAAACGAGUUAGGAUGGAAUCCUCCUUUUUUCCCCUCAAAAAUUAAAAAUAAGAAAUUGGCACAGGAGAAGAAAUACUCAUUCUCUGCGUAACCGGUUUCUUUUUUUUUUCAGAGUUUGUUUCAAUGACAUGUUAGAUUUAAAAAGAGAUCAUAAGACAAAAAAUAUUAAGAAACACCACACACACAAAAAUAGCGCAGACAGACCGAUUUGCGCCUGGUCGAAUUCAAUUUGAUUUCGAAAUUUCUGGCCAUCAUAUGUGUGUCGUGUUGUAUCAGCCCCGUGUGUGUGUGUGUGUGUGUGCGUCUGCGUGCGUAUUUGAAUAAUGUUUGAUUUUUUUCCGUUUUUCUGGAACUUGCCCUUCUUAUAUUUUUUCUCCCAAUGUCAAUUUAAAAAAAGGAAAUGUUUGUAUUUGAUCACAUUGAGCGUGUCAGAGCCAGGCCAUGGUGUAGGAGCCAACCGCGCGGCUUUUUUAUUUUCCAAAAAAAUUAACAAACAUACAAAAAAAAAACACGGAAUUUUCUAGGUUAUUGGUCAAAUUUUGUUUUCUUUCCCUCCCCACUCCUUCUCUCCCUGAAUGGAAAAUAACCAACAGAGUUUUUGGUGACUCUUGAUGACUUACAAACCGAUAUGGAUAUAAUCAAAAUCCUUUUUAUUUAAAAAAAGUUGAUUUUGCGCCUCUGAUACGACCGAGGAGGCGUCAACGCCCCGAACUUCGACAACAAGAAAAUAAAAACAACACACAAACUUUUUUUUUUUUAAAUAAUUCUGCCAAAAAGAAAAAAAGAAAAGUUAAAGAGAGAGACUUUGCCCGGAAAAAUGUAAUAAAAUUGUGCGGAAUGUCCGUCGAUCCACUCCGGAAGUUCCGCUAUGUUUUACGUUACUGUUUUCAGAUCCAUACAACAUUUUCCAGUCUCAUUUACAUGUCCUCUUUCAAACAGACAACAGUUCAAUAAUCAUUUCGUCGCUGGUACGAAGUUGAACAAAAUUCCCUGAUUUUUUUAUUUUGUGAAAAAAAGAUGAAACAUCUUUUUAAAGUUUUAGCGGGCGACUUUUAGGGCGUGCAAACCCGUCCUACCCGACUAAUAAACCCCCCCGACGAUGAAUCAAUCCCCCAAAAACAAACACACUUUCAACCUAUUUUUUAAUAGCAUUUUCUAAUUCUUUUUGUAAUUCAAUGUUCUUUUGAGUUGCUUCCUUUUCCCCCUUAAACUUUUUUUUUUUCAUUUCCUCAUCGUGCAGUAAAAUAAUCCCCCCCCCCCUCUUUUUCAGUUGCUCAACUUUUUCCUCUUUUUAUUUUAUUGUCGCUUUCGGUGGUGAAAACAACUAGAAAACAAAACACAACCGCUCCCUUUCCGGGCUGAGACUCGACCGCCCGGCAAGCGGAUACCAACACCUGUUUUUUUUUUCCAUCAAGUUAAAGUUGAUCAUCAUUGUUUUGUUGUUUUUUUUAAGUUUUUUAACGUAAAUAUCCUGUUGUCGUCUGGUGAUUCAACAAAAUCAUGUAACAAAAACCCAUAAACAAACAAAAAAAAAGUUAAAAUUCAAAUCAAUCUCCCCCCCUCAAACAAACAAACAAACAGCAAAAAAAUCAGUCGUUGUCAAGUGAAAUCAUUCACGCUCUCCCGAUUCUCGGUCCCUCUGGUCUCUCGUAAAUGUAGGAAAAUAACCGAAUUCUUAGCUUUAUUGGUCGUCCAUACUAGGUAUCCCCCCAUCUUUACUUAUACAAACUUGUCUUAGAUUUUAGGAGACUUUGAGUAAUCAAAUCCACAUUUUAAAAACCCACACAACAACCACAAAAAAAAAAUAAAGUAGUUCAGCAAAUUCCACAGAAAAUAAAAACACCCCGUUAAGUGAGCGCAUUUUUUCCCAGUCUCUCUCUAUUUACCAGUUCUUUUUUUUUAAACAUUUUCCCGACUUGGAAUAAACUUUUUUUAUUUUCAUUCUACAGCUAAUUUUAGUAUCUGUCAUAGGUGUUUUGCCGUAGACUGUUGAAAUCACACCCACAGGGUUUCUUCACGUCAUCAAGUAAUAAUAGGAUGUAAUUGGAUUGUCUGAAUCAAAAAAGACGAUCGAUUACUUUUGGUGUUUAAUUCUUACCGUGCUUUUUAAUUCCCCCUUUGGUCUGUGCUCUAUCUCUACAGUAAACAAACCCCCUUCAUGUUUUUCUUCGAACGCCAUCGGAAACGACUUGGCGCCCGUCUCUCCGUCUGUAUUCUAAUUGUAGUGGAUUUUUCGUGUUUUCUCACUUUCUAUCUCUAUCAAUCUGCUUUUUUUUCUUCUGGUUUUUGUUUUUGUUGUUGAUUUGACACCUUACUUCUUCUUCAACUUCUUUCUCUUCUUCAACUCUUUGCUUUGACUUCCAUAUUAUUCUACAAACAACCCAUGCAGUUCCAUAGCCCGGUCCACCAGAAAACAACAACAAAAACCAGCAAAAAAACCCCCCAAAUCCACAAAAUUUGUUUUGAUUUCAAGGGAAUAUCGAUAGGAAAGGAAAAGGAAAAAAAAAAAACACCACCAACCAUCAUUAAGAGAAAAAAAAAAAAAAAAACAAACAAACAAAACCAAAAUUUGUUUGACACAUUGUCGAAGACUCACCUUUCAUCAAAUUGAAAAGGAACUUUGACUUUUUUUUUUCUUUUUCGUACCUCCCUAACCACACCCCAACCCUCAAUUACCCUCAAGUGUUCUCAACGGAUUUGAUUUAAUCUCCCCACUCUCUGGAUCUUUUCUUGUUUGGGCCUUCCGUCAGCAAA